UCCCCCACACCCCUCAGACCACAGAGGGAGCUGUGCGGUGAACUUGAUGGAUGUCCCCAGAGCUUUGCCCUCAUCAGACACCCAACUAACAUUAACAGGCGAAAGCAGCACCGUUUCUGCUGUGAUGGCAACCAGACAUAUUUCAGGAGAGACCACACUGGAGGCUGUUCCUGAUGCAAAGAAUUCUGGGAAAGUUGUUUCUCUCGAGUCAGAUCUGUGGAGACAAAGAACAGCAAGGUUCUUGGAGGGAGAGCCCAAAGUGUUGGGGGUUGUGCAAAUUAUGAUUGCUCUGAUAACACUCAUCCUUGGAGCAGUAAUGCAGAGGGCUACAACUCACAUGUAUCUAUGUGACACAGAAAGUACCAUUUCAGUUUGCUCCUGCUAUUCAUUUUGGGGGUCACUGAUGUUUAUGAUUUCCGGAUCUUUGUCACUUUCAGCAGGAAUAAAAACCACAAAUUGUCUGAUCCAAAGCAGUCUGGUCAUGAACAUCAUCAGCUCUGUGUUAGCUGCAGGAGGGAUCUUUAUCAACUUUUUCAGCCUCUUCAUACAGUCAGCUGCUUACCAUCAAAGGCAUCCCCAAAAUAAGUCCUUGGCCCGAUUCAUUUUCAUGAGCAUGGAUGGUAUUCUACUUCUUUUCAGCAUGCUGGAAUUCUGCAUUUCUGUGUCCAAUUCAGCAUUUGGAUGUAAAGUCGCAUGUUGUAGCUCUAGUGAGGUUGUGCUAGUUAUGCCACCAGAAUCUAAGAAGGCAGGAACGGCUUCUCCUGCGCUUCUUGAACAAGGUGUGAUGCCACCAACAGGUCUAUAUAACAAUGUGCCAGAAAAUUAUUACUGACGUCACUGCAGGAAAUACACAUCAGAAGCCCUGGAAUCCAGCUCUAAUUUGUACGUGUGUGUGUGUGUGUGUCUGCAUAAAUUUGGAAUCAUGCUCUCCUAUUUUUUUCUCCAGGAACUUGACAAUUCACUGCAUUAGCUCCUUAUUAGAAUAACAACAGUUUUAGAAAUUAUGAGCCGUCAUCCGUAUGGAUUUGCACUCAUAAUUUCUCUGUCUUUCUCACUUCCCCUCUUCCCUUCCAGUGUUUCUCGCUGCACCAUAUUAUCCCUUAAUCAAAUUUAUGUGCUAUUUAUAUUAUGCAAAACAUGGCAUUAACUCAAAAUUUAUGUCUCAUAUGCUUGCUUUAGAACAUUAAUUGAUACAUUUUGGAGGCUUUCUGGGCAAUUAACCUUGGAUUUUCAUGUUGUAAAACCCAAUAUCUCUCCUCUCAGACUAUGAGAAAUAAAUUUCUGACAAAUUA